AUGGAGUUCUCUGGAAGUGUCCUUUCCCCUGUUGAUGCCAAGCUCCUGAUUUGUCAGCUCAAGCCCUUUCGGAUUGGCGAAAUCGGAAGCGAGGCGUGGAAGGCGCAGCGCUUUGCGGUGGAGCAGCUCAACAUGUGCACGCACAGCAACGCCGUCCGCAAGGUGGAUGACUACGUCCGGGCUUAUCUGCUGGAGGAAAAUCAGCUGUCAACGCUCUUACAUGAGCUGCUGACGAUGGAGGUUUGGCGGCACCGCGUGCUGCCGGAGGUCCGGGGGGGCAUUGAGUCCAAUCCCGCGGCGGGGUAUCUGUAUUGCGAUUACGAAUCCAUCCUGGUGAACCUCCUCGAGUGCAUUUGCUUCCACGAGGACGUCGUGCUGGGGUUGGGCGAGGACGUCCUGGAGUUGAUCGAUUACGCCUGGCGACAGGUCAGCGCGCUGCUUGGCGAGCGGCCCGCGGGGGAAGGGGAGGAGGGGCUCGAGCGGAAGCUUCGGGAAGGCCGGGCGGGGCGGGCGAUGGCGAGCAUUUCCCUGUUGUGGUUUGUGAUCGAUCGGCUGGAGCGACUCCCGCUCGCGGCGAAUAACGCUGUGUUGAAAAAAAGCGAUCUCCCUGUUGGGCUGACGGAGGUGCUCCUCGCACAACCAUGGCUCCGUCGGCACUCCUCCAACGACAAUAACAAGGACAAAAGUGGGGUUGAAAAAUACCAAAGCGGCCGUUUCGUCCCUGUGAAAGGCGAUGAGCUCCUGCGCGUCUGCACCCCGGAGGCGCAUACGUGGUUUUCCCUUCACAAACUCCUCUGUGAUCCUGAAUGUCGUAAGCAAUACACGUAUACGCAGUCUCGAAAAGAAAUCAUGCUGCGGACGCGGCGAUUUUUAAAUGAUACGCUGCUAGAUCAGAUUCCGGCCCUUGUCCAGCUUCAGCGCGCACUAGAGGAGCUUUCCUUUAUCGAACCCCCUUCAGGAACCGAAGAAAAGUUCCGCAGUAUGCUCGUUAUUGAGCCCGUUCCGCGUAUUAUGACGAGCAUCGAUAACGGCAAACAAGAUUGGCGGGCGGAGGCGGCGCGAAUGGAUCGCCAGCUGCGCGAUCCAUCGGAAAGAAUUAAAGACGCACAACGAAUGGCGUCCAUCUUUGAUCAGAUGUUCCAGGAUCAGUAA